AUGGAUUUGGACUUAGAAGCAUCUCUGCUAGAUGGUGAUAUCGGUGACUUGUCCAACGAUUCUACCUGGCAUACUGUUGAAAUUGUUUAUCCUGCUGGCUUCAAUCCAUCAGAUUAUAGUGCAGAUACAUCUGCCGACGACAAAACUCUGACCGAAGAAUCUUCUACUCCCAAAAAGAAAAAAAUAUCACCAAUGUCUGGAGAAGCUCCUAAAACUGAGGAUGGCAAAGGUGCACCCAGCGUUCCCUCAAACAGAAAAUUGCCUUGUGCCGAGUUUUUCACGCCUGACGGGUACAGAUGUCCAAAAUGUGGAAGAUUGUAUAGCGCCCGGAAAAAUUUAGUGCGACAUUUAAAUAUUGAGUGUAUGAAAGAACCGCAAUUCCAAUGCCCUUAUUGUCCUCAUAAAAAUCAUAGAAGAAACGAGCUUAAAAAACAUAUAAAAGUUCGCCAUCACGUACUCGUUAAGACUGAAUCGGUGAAAGUUGAAGUAUAGGUUGAUUGAUUGAUUGAAAAUGUGCUUUGGAAAAUUAGUUUGUCUUAUAACAUUUCUCGGUAAUAAUCUACGUAUAAAAAUACAAAUAUUUUACACGUGCUAAGUAUUAUAUAGAACGUCUUCCAGACCAGAACAAAGUGCCUUCA